AUGUCCAUAUUCAUUUUUUUCGUAGUUUUUCAUUAUUUGUUAAUUUACUUCUCUGGUACGUCUUACAACAGGUUUGUAGCAGAUGGAGCUUCAAUAUUUUUAAGAAGUCCAUACAAAAUAACCUUAGGAAAAUCAGAGAAAAGAGGAAAAGUUUUUAGAGAGAUUUCGGAGGAAGAAGAUUUAAAUGUUCGUCGAGACACAGAAAAAAAAAAAAUUGGGUUUGGAAAAAAGGAUGAUGGAAAUAAAAUGGUAGAGCAAAAUAAUUUAGUUGAGGAACAAAAUAAUUUAGUGGAGGAGCAAAAUAAUUUAGUUGAGGAGCAAAAUAAUUUAGUAGAAGAACAAAACAAUUUAGUUGAAGAACAAAACAAUUUAGUUGAGGAACAAAAUAAUUUAGUUGAGGAGCAAAACAAUUUAGUUGAAGAACAAAACAAUUUAGUUGAAGAACAAAACAAUUUAGUUGAAGAACAAAACAAUUUAGUUGAAGAACAAAAUAAUUAUAGUGGGGAAGAGGACAAAAUUGGGAUUGUAAAAAAUGAGGAAGAAGAAAAAAUUGUUGAAAAGGAAAAAAAAGAAAUAGGAGUAAUUGAAAGAGAAAAUAAUUAUGGUGUAGAAGUAAGUAAUAAAAAUAUUGAAGAGAAUAAUUAUACUUCAAAUAUACAUGAGAAUACAUCAGUUGAUGAUAUUAAUAAAGAUGUUAUAUUGGUAAGGAAAAAGAAGGUUUUAAAUAACGAUAGUUUAUUUAUGAAUGAUAUAAUAAAAGGAGAAAAUGAAGAAGAUGAUGAUGAGAAAGAAGAAAUAGAUAAAAGUUUGGAAAAUGUAAAAUUAGGUGAAUUACCUAAAUUACAAUUUAUUUUUGGAACAAAUAUUACAGAUAGUGAUGAUGAUAGUGAUGAUGAAAGGGAUGACGAAAGAGAUGAUGAAAGUGAAAUGGAUGAUAUGGAUAAUAUGGAUAAUAUGGACAAAUUAGAUAAUGAUGAUGAUGAUGUUGAUGAUAAUAAUGAAGAUGAAUACGAUUGGACAGAACAUGUAUAUAAUUAUAAACCUACAACAUAUUUAUUACCUGGUUUAGGAGGUAGUACAUUAAUAGCUGAAUAUAAAAAUGCAAGUAUUCAUAGUUGUAGUAGAUAUGUACUGAAUUCUAAACCUUUUAGAGUUUGGAUAAGUUUAAGUAGAUUACUUUCUAUACAAUCAAAUAUAUAUUGUACUUUUGAUACUAUACGUUUAAGAUAUGAUGAGAAACAGAAAAUAUAUUAUAAUCAACCAGGAGUAUUUAUAGAUGUAGAGAAAUUUGGUAAUCUUAAGGGUAUAGAAUAUUUAGAUUAUUUUAAUAAUACAGGUAUAGGUAUAACUAAAUAUUUUAAUGUGGUUGGACAAUAUUUUACUUCUCAUGGAUACAUAGAUGGAGAAAGUAUUAUAGGUGCUCCAUAUGAUUGGAGAUAUCCAUUAAAUCAACAAAAUUAUAAAAUUCUUAAAGAACAUAUAGAAUAUAUAUAUGAGAAAAGAAAUAGUACCAAAGUAAAUUUAAUUGGACAUAGUUUGGGAGGUUUAUUUUUAAAUUAUUUCUUAAGUCGUAUUGUAAGUAAGAAGUGGAAACAAAAACAUUUGAGUAAAAUUAUAUUUAUUAGUACUCCAUUUAAAGGAUCUAUUAAAACUAUAAGAGCAUUAAUUCAAAGUAGAAAAGAUUUUAUAUCUUUUAGAAUUUCAAAGUUGAUAAAAUUAUCUAUACCAGAAAGUAUGAUGAAAGCAUUAGGAAAUUCUUUAGGUUCCUUAUUUGACCUAUUACCAUAUAGAGAAUAUUAUAAAAGAGAUCAAGUUGUCAUAUUAAUAAAUAUGAGUAAUACACCAAUAGAUGAAGAUCAUGUUCAAUAUUUAGUUACUUUAUGUGGUAUAUAUAAACCUGAAUGUUAUCGUAAUAGAACAGAAGUUAAUUUAAAAGUAUAUACAUUAGAAAAUUGGCAGGAAUUAUUAGAUCAUAAAUUAAAAGUCAAAUAUGAAAAUUAUAAAUUGCAUAGAGAAAGAUAUUAUAAUAAAGAUCAUGGUAUACCAAUUUAUUGUUUAUAUAGUACUAUUAAUAAAAAAGAAACUGAAUAUUUAUUAUAUUUUCAAACACCUAAUACACGUGAAGAACCUACUAUAUAUUAUGGUUCAGGAGAUGGUACUGUAGGUACAGAAAGUUUACAAGCAUGUAGUAAUUUCUACAACACAGUAUUAACUCAUCACUUCCCUGAUACUAGUCAUGUUGGAAUAUUAUAUACUGAAGAAACAGCUAAGUAUAUAUACGACAUAGUUCAAAGUCCAAAUUAA